CUGUUUCAUCAGUACUUCGCUCGGAGCUCACAAGCGAAGAGGGGUGAGCACAGCCAAUGAGAAGGCGGGAUCCAGCCCACUUCUCUAUAACUCUCUGCCACAGCGGCUGAGCAAUGCCACAAGUUGGAUUCUGCAGCUGGAGGAGUUUGAGUGGACUACAAGCACGAAAACGCAACGUAGAGCGCGCGCACAGCUGUUCUGUCUUGCGAUUCCGCCUUUUACGCGCUCCAGCGGGGGAGGAUUUUUCCUACAAAUACUAAUCAUUAUUUGUUCUGUAGCGCUGCUUUCACCAUGAGCGCCGGACACAGCUAUGACAAGAAGAUUGCGAGCAUUAUGACCGAUCUGCCUGGAUCUAUGAGUUGCCACCCGAACUCCAAGGACUCCCCGACUCUGCCCGAGUCGUCGGUGACGGACAUGGGCUACUACAGCGGACAGACGGCGCACGGCCACCACGAGUACUUUCAGAGUCAGCCAUACGGACAGCCUAUGAACUCUUACCACCACCAGUUUAAUCUAAACGGGAUGGGAGCCGCUGGAGCGUACGCCACCAAGUCUGAAUACCCCUACACGAACGGCUACAGACAGUACGGACAUUACAGCAGAGAUCACCUGCAGGCCUCUCCUCCGGGAUCAGUGAAAGAGGAGCCAGAACCCGAGGUCCGCAUGGUAAAUGGAAAGCCUAAAAAAAUCCGCAAGCCGAGGACGAUCUACUCCAGCUACCAGCUUGCCGCUCUGCAGAGGCGCUUCCAGAAGGCGCAGUACCUCGCCCUGCCCGAGAGAGCAGAGCUGGCGGCCCAGCUCGGGCUCACUCAGACUCAGGUAAAGAUCUGGUUCCAAAACCGGAGAUCCAAGUUCAAGAAGCUGUACAAAAACGGCGAGGUUCCCCUGGACCACAGUCCCAACGCCAGCGACUCCAUGGCCUGCAACUCCCCUCCCUCCCCCGCAGUCUGGGACAGCAGCACCCCUCAGAACACCCCGAUCAGCCGGCCUCAGGGCCCGCAGCCAGCGCACAGCUCGUCUCCACCCUACAUGGAGGAUUAUAACAACCACUGGUACCAGCAGGGAUCGCACCUACAGCACCCAGGCACCGUGCACCACCCAGUCCCGCAGCAAAGCGUGGGAGCCGUGUAUUAACACAAGACAAUGAUUCAGUUUUUAUAAAACCCUGAGACUCUCCAGAGCGCAUGCUGUCUGGUCAGGACCACCAGACAUUUGGUUUUGGAUCCUUUAAAGCACAUAAAGGGAUUUCUAAUCACUUUUGGCAACAUAUUUAAUGGACUUCUGGCGUGUUCUUUUUUUAAAUUAUUUAUCACUUCUGUUGUAUGUAACUCCUGUUUUGUAAAUGAAUAUGCAAAGUUUUUUUUAAACCAGUAGCUUAAACAAACAAAACUGUGCGAUUGAUCCAUGCUGCAACCAGCUCCUGCUUUAGGGUUUGUAGAAAAGAUAUGACAAAAACAAAAACAAAAAAACAACUCAGGACAUAUUUAUAAGGAUUUGUACAAAAAUGCUGAAGGUUGUAAAUAUGUGUUUAUAUCCAGAACCACUAUGAUGAUGUUUGUUUGGACCGGCGAGACUGCACUGUGGUGCUAUCAAGACCUUUUUUAUAUUCAUGUAAUUAGUCGAACUUUCCUGUCAAACAAAUAAAGGUGGUAAAUGAA